UUUAUCUUGGCGCACCCUGGAUGGAACGAGCAAAGGAGCAGAGGUCGCCCGGCUGGGAGCUCUGAACGCAGGAACUGCACGGGAAGGCCUGAGGCAGCCCGAGGAGCGAUCUGGUCUGACGCCACUCCCCUCCCCGCUGUCCCCUGCUCCCCACUCUGCCCCUCUGUCUCCACUAGGUCCUCGUUCGUCCCAGUGUCCCAUCCCGGGACUUCGCACUCCGACUCCGAGUAACCUGGCCUGCCAGAGCAAGCGCAGGUCUGCUCCAUUAGAUCCGCCUCGAUUGCUUCCGCCUAGCGGGGUUGCUAAGGCCCGGAGCUUCGCCGUUGCGGAGGAAAUGACGUCAGCCUGCCAAUAGGCGGGCCCACAGCGCCGCCCCUCCUCCCGGUUGGCUGCCGCGAAUUCGACAGGAUUCGCACUCUCGGGGCCCGGGCUCGGCUAGUGUCACUCCCCCGCUGCUCGCGGCCACUCUCCUCUCUCGGCUCAGCCUGGGGCAAGACUCGGUAGCUCCGGAAGCAGAGGUGGUUUAUGGCCCAGCUCCCGCCUCCAUGCUGGGCACUUGGGCCAUCCAGGUACUUUGGGCUGACCUGAACCUGAACCAUUCAUUUCAGACCCAAACUACACCCCGGGUGGAAAGGACCAGGCAGCCAAAUGGAGACACCAGCAGACAGUAGCACAGGAGAGGAUACCUCUCAACUCCAACGAUGGGAAAAGAACGCCCAAGGGAACCUCGAUUCAACUUCUGAGAUUAGGCAGCAGCCUGCUGAAACCCUUGAGCCGAGAGUGAGUCCAGAUCCAGCCCGUCACAUUCUAGAGAAUCCUCCAGGAACUGAGAACCUGGCUGCUGGACUUGAAGGAGACUCCGAUAAGUCUCAUGGGUCAACCCCUGAGAUGCCAAAGCCCCUUCCGUCUUCUGAUCUCUGGUACUGUCCUGAUGGGAGCUUUGUCAAGAAGAUCAUAAUCCGUGGCCAGGGUUUAGACAAACCCAAGCUAGGCUCCUGCUGCCGGGUACUGGCUUUUGGGUUUCCUUUUGAAUCAGGGCCACCAGAGGGAUGGACAGAGCUAACCAUGGGUGUAGGGCCAUGGAGGGAGGAAACUUGGGGGGAGCUCAUGGAGAAAUGCCUGGAGUCCAUGUGUCAAGGUGAGGAGGCAGAGCUUCAGCUCCCUGGGCACUCUGGACCUCCUGUCAGGCUCACACUGGCCUCCUUCACUCGGGGUCGGGACUCCUGGGAGCUGGAGAACAGUGAAAAGGAGGCCCUGGCCAGGGAAGAACGCACAAGGGGUACCGAACUCUUUCGAGCUGGGAACCCUGAAGGCGCUGCCCGAUGCUACGGACGGGCUCUUCGGCUGCUGUUGACUUUACCCCCACCUGGCCCUCCAGAACGAACUGUCCUUCAUGCCAAUCUGGCUGCCUGUCAGUUGCUGCUAGGGCAGCCCCAGCUGGCAGCGCGGAGCUGUGACCGGGUGCUGGAGCAGGAGCCUGGCCAUGUAAAAGCCUUAUACAGAAGGGGGGUUGCCCAGGCUGCCCUUGGGAACCUGGAAAAAGCAAUUGCUGACCUCAAGAAGGUGCUGGAGGUAGACCCUAAAAACCGAGCUGCCCAGGAGGAGCUGGGGAAGGUGGUCAUUCAGGGCAAGAAACAGGAUGCAGGGCUGGCUCAGGGUCUCCGCAAGAUGUUUGGCUGAUUAAAAGUUAAACCUUAAGCAGGAACAGGAA